AUGUCGACAUUCACAUCAAGGACACCGAGUAGUACCUCGACCUUGAACCACCAUGAGGAACCCCACAAACAAGAGCCAGACCUUCAGGAGACACACAGGAACCCAACUAGAGAACAUAUUCCAAGCCACAUUGAUACAGAUCCGCUAGAUCUACCUUACCGUACACUCACCGAAGAUGCCGACAUGGCUGAAUACACGACCGAAACUGCCACUGGCACCUUAGCCCGCAAGGUGACAUCCAGAAAGACGGGCAAGACUGAAGACUACGAGCUUGUCACUUUCACGCCAGGCGACAUGGAAAAUCCGAAGAACUGGAGCAAGGCAUACAAAUGGUGGUGUACAAUGGUCGUCGCGCUGACCUGCUUCGCCGUCGCUUUCAAUAGUGCUGUGAUCACGGCCGACAUGAUUGGUGUUCGAGAGACCUUUGGGGUUAGCGAAGAGGUUGCUCUUCUCACCAUUACCGUUUUUGUUUUAGGGCAAGUAUGCCAGUCCCUGUUGCUUGUUCAAGAUGAACUAACCAUCAUUAGGUUUGGCGUAGGUCCGAUGGCAUUCGCACCCUUCAGUGAAACGUGGGGCCGUCGUCCUGUAUAUGCCAGCACUUUGUUGAUUGCUCUUGUUUUCAUCAUUCCCUGCGCUGUCGCUAAGAACAUCGGAACCUUGCUUGUCUGUCGCCUCAUCGACGGUAUCGCCUUCUCGGCUCCUAUGGUCUUGGUCGGUGGAACACUUGCCGAUCUCUGGAAAGCCGACGAGCGAGGUGUACCUAUGGCUGCCUUCAGCGCCGCACCUUUUGUCGGACCAGCCAUCGGGCCACUGGUUGGCGGUUUCACGUCUGACCACCUCGGUUGGCGAUGGUUGUACUGGUUGCAGCUCAUCUUGUCCGGAUUCGUCUACAUCCUUAUCGUUUUCACCGUGCCAGAGACAUACGCACCUAUCAUUCUGGCAAAACGCGCAAAGAAGUUGAGAAAUAUGACGGGCGACAGCAGGUUCGUCAGCGAGUCGGACCUCGACACCCGUCCGAUCAGUGAACGAAUGCGCGUCUUCAUUCUUCGACCCUUCCAGCUCUUGUUCUGCGAACUCAUCGUCUUCCUCAUUUCACUCUACAUGAGUGUCUUGUAUGGAAUCCUGUACAUGUUCUUCGUAGCAUUCGUCAUUGUCUACCAAGAAGGGAAAGGGUAUUCGGCCAGUACCACUGGUCUGAUGUUCAUUCCUCUGGCGAUUGGUGUGAUUGCGAGUGCCUUCCUAGCACCUCUGAUCAACAAGGACUAUGCAAGAAGAUCGAUAAAGUUCCAGGGCAAGCCGCCAGCAGAACAGCGUCUGAUUCCAAUGAUGUGCAGUUGUUGGCUCAUUGCCAUCGGCCUGUUCAUCUUUGCAUGGACAUCAUAUCCUCAUCUGCAUUGGAUUGGACCGGCGAUGGGUGGUUUCUGCAUUGGUUUCGGCUUCAUUCCCUGUUACAACAGCGCCAACAAUUACCUCGUCGAUACGUACCAACAUUCUGCUGCGUCCGCUCUUGCAGCAAAGACAUUCAUCCGAAGCUUUUGGGGCGCUGGCGUCGUGUUGUUCACAGAGCAGAUGUUCCACAGGCUCGGUUAUCAAUGGGCUGGAACUCUGAUGGCUUUCAUCGCGCUUGCUUGCUGUGCGAUUCCGUAUGGUUUCUACUUCUUCGGUGAACGCAUCAGAAGAUUCUCCAAGUAUGCGUACGCUGGGGACGAUGAGGAGAAUGCUGCUAUUCCAUCAAAGGAAACAGCGGCGCAUUAG